GUCAGCGGCGGACGGCGGGGCCGCGGGGCCUCGGUGCCUCCCGCGGGCCGGGCAUGGGCGCAGGCGGCGGCGGCCGCACGAUGAACGCCCUGGGCAGCCCGGUCCGCGCCUACGACUUCCUGCUCAAGUUCUUGCUGGUGGGCGACAGCGACGUGGGCAAAGGCGAGAUCCUGGCGAGCCUGCAGGAUGGCGCGGCCGAGUCCCCCUACGGCCACCCGGCGGGCAUCGACUACAAGACCACCACCAUCCUGCUGGACGGCCGGAGGGUGAAGCUGCAGCUCUGGGACACCUCCGGGCAAGGAAGAUUUUGUACCAUAUUCCGCUCCUACUCCCGGGGCGCACAGGGUGUGAUCCUGGUCUAUGACAUCGCCAACCGCUGGUCCUUUGACGGCAUCGACCGGUGGAUCAAGGAGAUCGACGAGCAUGCCCCCGGGGUCCCUAAAAUCCUGGUGGGGAACCGGCUGCACCUGGCCUUCAAGCGGCAGGUCCCCACGGAGCAGGCCCAGGCCUAUGCGGAGCGCCUGGGCGUCACGUUCUUCGAGGUCAGCCCCCUGUGCAACUUCAACAUCACGGAGUCGUUUACGGAGCUGGCCAGGACCGUGCUGCUGCGGCACGGGAUGGACCGGCUCUGGAGGCCCAGCAAGGUGCUGAGCCUGCAGGACCUGUGCUGCCGAGCGGUGGUGUCCUGCACACCUGUGCACCUGGUAGACAAGCUCCCACUGCCCAUGGCCCUGAGGGGCCACCUCAAAUCCUUCUCCAUGGCCAGCGGCCUCAACGCCAGGAUGAUGCACGGCCGCUCCUACUCCCUCACCGCCAGCUCCACGCACAAGAGGAACGGCCUCCGCAAGGUGAAGGCCGCCCGGCCGCCGCAGAGCCCGCCCAAGCGCUGCCCCAGGAACAGCUGUAAGGUCUCCUGAAGCAGGAGCACGGACGGGCCUCCAGGAGAGGCUGGGCAGUCCCGCGAGGGACAGGGACAGGGACAGGGUGGCGGGAGCCCGCUCCAGGGCCGGGAACGCACCUGCCGAUCGCUCCUGCGACCCAGCCGCUCCGAGCGCUGAGGACACAGCUUGACUCCGAUGCUUCUCCGCGGACGAGCACGAAGCUCUCGUUUGCCACGCGUGUUUGUCCGGGGGCUUGGCUCUCGACGACACCGGCGUGGCCUCCCUCGUAGACCUGCUUUGGGGGUGCGGCGGCUCACGCAGUGACUGUGAGGUGCAGCGACUGUGGAAAGCAGCGGGAGAGAGAGAUGACCCUCGACCCAACGACCUCACGAGGGCCCUUUAUGAACCUGCAGUUCGCACCCACGUGCUUGUUGACGGGCGAGGUGGGAGUCGGAGAUCACGCUCGGCCGUUCUGUCCAGCUUGGGUCUGACACGGAUUUGAUACAGUUUUUGCUAUGUUAUUUACCAUGUUUGGGGAUCAAUAAGUGAUUUAUAUGCAUAUUUUUCUGUAAAUCUACAUUUUUUUGUACAAGACGUUCCAUAGGUUAUGAAGCUAAGGGAAGAAAAUGCCAAAGAUAUCUCUAGUUGCGUCGAGCAGCCACACGUAGUCACAAUGCAUCCAGAUCGGCAAGGAAACUACCGUUUGGGCCGUUUCGGUAAGGAAUGCAGUGCGCCCUGUUAGUGAAGAAAAUGUUUCUCGACAAUA